AUGCUGGCACUGCCCAUUGUUCUCGGUGGUAUGUUUUGUGUUGGUGGCAAACUAUUAUGGAAUAUGAUUGGAAAACCUUCAACUCCCGCACCACAUGAUGUUAUUAUUCGUAUGAAUAGUCUUACUGCAUUAAGCACAAAUGGUUGGGAAAUUUUACUUGGUGAGAAUACUACGGAUGUUACACCAACAAUGCCAACAUCUGAAAAUAACCGUGGUGUAGUAGUUGCUGUUCUCGGUUCGUACAAUCGUGGCAAGACAUACCUACUUAAUCAACUUUGUAACAUUCAGCUGCCUAGUGGUAAUUUAAUACAUACGGAGGGCAUAUCUAUUGCAGUACCAAGAAAAUGUGGUGAAGGCAUCAUUUUCAUAGACACUGCUGGCACUGAUCCAGCAAUACAAAAAGAUAAACUCGAUGACAAAAAAGCCACUGAAGCUCUUCUACGAGAGGUAGGGCUCCAUUUAUGUUCGUAUAUUAUCAUUCUAGUCAAUCGUUUACGUGCCACAGAUCAAACAUAUAUUCAACAGGUAUUAAUGCAUUGA